UACCCAUGAACUCCUGCAGCACAGUCGAGGAAGAAGGUUCCAGUGGAUUUGACAUUCGUAAGCGUGAGUCGCGUGACUGGAGAGCGACUGUACUGCAGCCAAAGACGUCGGAUGCACAAUGUCCCAGCAGUCUCCAGCCGACCCUGAACGGCCAGGAAAUGCAGUCGUGGUGUCCCGUAGGAAUUGAUUACAUCCCCACAGAGGAGGAGAGGAGAGUGUUCAGGGAGUGUAAUCAGGAAAGCUUCUGGUACAGAUCUCUCCCUAUAUCUGCCAUCAGCAUGGCCUUCACUCAGUUCCUUAUCUCUAGAGGUGCUCUUACAGCCUCCGGUAGAUUUGGAUCUUUGCCCAAAGUUGCUUUUGCUGGUGUUUUUGGCUACCUGGGAGGGAAGAUGUCAUACAUGAAGACAUGCCAGGAGAAAUUUAAGAGCUUGGAGAAUUCGCCACUGGGGGAGGCACUGAGACAGAGACAGCACCACCAACCACCAGUGUUUACCCAUAAGCACCCGGAAAUGAGUGAUCCAAACAAAGCUGAUUUUGAGCCGGCCUUUCAACUUGAUGAUCAGAGGAAUCAGUCAUUCUCCUAUUCUAGCGAUUUCACUAACAGUGACCCCAUGUCCUCAGCAGCUCAAUAUGACACUCAAAUUACAGCAGAACCAACUUACGUUGAGGAGGAUGUACAGAAGAAACACAUGCUGUAUGAGGAGCUACGGAGUAAGAACAGGGAAAACUAUGAAAAACCAGAGACACUGUUGAAGCCUUCACCUGAGACCAUCCCAGCCAAGAGAGGGAAGAAGAAUAUAUAUGGAGACACAUGGGAGGAAUGAGAGCUGCUUCAACACUGUUUCACUGUCUAGAACCGUUGUCUGCAACUGAUGUCUUUUACAAUACAGAUGUCAAACUGUGUCUGAGAAAUGUCUGUCAUUGACUGUGUACCUAUUUAAUUUAGUUAGACAAUUUUUAUUUUUAAACUGUGUGCAGCUUAAAGGGGGAUAUUUCACCUUCAGUUGCUGCGCCCCAUUGACUUUUUAAUAGUAUGGAGAAAAACGGAAAAAAAAAAAAAACUACGCAAGUCAAUGGGGACCAACUGAAGGUGAAUUAUCCUUGUAAAACAUUAUCUAAUAAUAGCAGCAAGAUUUUUAAACUUUUUUUUUUUGUUUUUUUAUAACAUUCCUGGAAGAUUGGUGCUUAUGCACUCACUGAACUGGUCCCAAAGUUCCAUUAGCACUGCAGUCCAGUUGCUAGUAUUUUCGAGUUUUUAGCACGUCAUGAAGUUGAUAUUACUGUCUACAAAACUGUAUGAAGUUUGUCCCUGAUUGUCAUUUCAUAAUUACAAUUGCAGGAAUCAUUAGGUCAGCGGCACAUUUGUUUCAAGAAUGAGUUAUGUCACCUUUAAUACCUGAGAUUCAUAACCCCCUAAUCAGAAGUAUGAGCAAUUAUUAGCAGAUACAGUUUUGCGAAGACAGACUACACCACAAUAAUUAUGGUAAAAUAAUUUGACAUUAAACCCUUUGAAUUUAAACAGACAUCACAAUAUACAGUAGGCAUACAACAAUCCUAAUUGAAUGGGGAAAAAAAAGAAACACAAAAAUCAAGUUGGGCAUAUUUUAUUUCUGUACACACAUUGUACAUAAAUACACUGAAAUUAUUUUUUGAAAAAUAAAAACGAUGUCCCUGGGAUUUGGGAUGACAUCAGACGAGAGAUAAAGAAUUUUAAUUUCAGUAAUAAUAUCGGUAAUCACACACACACAUACACACUUCAUAAAUUGCAAGUUUUGAGGUCUAAUAGGACCAAUUGUCUUAAGAGUAUUGGGAUGUAACCGUUUUAUUAACCUACAGUUGGAUACAUUUACACAAAUAUAGUCCACUAAGAGAAAAUGCCUGCAUAGAACACCUGACCCAGGAUUGAAUCGAUGAAAAAACAAAAAAAAAUAUUAAAGGGGUCCUAUUAUGCUCUUUUACAAAGUCUUGAUUUUGU